UCAUAUUGAAAAGCUUUAAUCAACUCAAUAUCUUUCAUGCAGUUGUUUAAAGGAGUGAUAGAUAUUUUUCUCAAAACAGUUGGUCCCUUUCUAGUUUAUGAGAUGAUUGAUCAUAUAGUCCCAUUGGUCAUUUUGUAGAUCAGUCUUGAAAGAAUUCAACACACAGUAUCCCUCUAAAUCAGGUUAGUCAAAUUAGUCCACCACUGUGUUUCGACAGUAGUCAUUCAGAUUGUGGGAAGUCCACAACAUAUAUAGGAACCCUCUCAGUGAUAAUCCCCAGCAAUGGGUAUUGAAAGACAUACUUCCUUAAAUAUUGGAGGUAAUUUACGGCUGGAAGCCAUUGACAACCUUUUCCAUCUUGAGUUUGUAUUACUUCCUUUUCAAGCUGUUGAAUUGUGCAACUGCUGUUGUAUCUUUUAUUAAAUCCCUACAGUUUAAUUACCCAGCAGGUAUUGAAGUGCUUCCUCUGAUUUCUCCAUUCAGUUUCACAGGAUGACCUCUGGUUUCACUCUUAUGAGAGAGAGGAAGUGGUUUUUCCCUCGCUUUCUUUACAUUAUGUGCAAGUGCAUAAAACUUUAUUACAUUCUGCCAGUUUUCCAAGCUAAAAGCUUUUAAGUAUAUAUCUUCCUUGGAUGGGAAUACUAGCCCCCUUGCUAUUUUUGAUGCGGGUGCUCCAUCCUCAUGACCAAAGGUGGAUUUGAAAAACCCCCUGCAUCUAAGCCUACGGUUAGUUGCUUUUGUUCGUCCUGCUUGACAAACAAGAAAAAUUAGUCAAAUUCAUGAUCCGCACUUCCUUGUUUUCUCAGUAGAUGUCAGCAAAUGCAAACAUUUCUACCAUGGAUGAUAACAAAAUGAAAGUACACUGAAAACACUUGUCACUUGCCAGCAGACUGUCUCAAAGGAGCGUCUCAUAGGCCCUUCUUCUUUCGGAGCUGGUUAGUAAAAGUGAAGGGCAGCCCAGAAGCCCUUGCAUCCUUGGAGACAGACAGACAGAUUUAGGCUCUCUCUUGGCCUAUCCUAAGGCUUGUCCCUUAACUUCCUCAUCUGCCCAUCUCUGAGAAAUGUUGCUCCUUUGGGCUGCUGAAGUGACUUUCAUGCUCCUCCUCUAACCACUUAACAGUUUCCCUUUCCAUCAUCCCCUUGGUUUUUCCUGAUCUGCAUCAGCUGUUUCCAAAACCUCUUUGAGACUGCUUGGAUUCCAGCUCAGGAUAUACAGCACAUCCAUAAUUUUCCCAUGAAGUACAUCCUGGUAACUGGUGGUGUCAUUUCGGGUAUUGGGAAAGGAAUUAUUGCAAGCAGCAUCGGUACCAUCCUGAAAUCAUGUGGUCUCCGGGUAACUGCAAUCAAAAUAGAUCCUUACAUUAACAUAGAUGCUGGAACGUUCUCACCAUACGAACAUGGUGAGGUUUUUGUACUAAACGAUGGUGGAGAAGUUGAUCUAGAUUUGGGAAACUAUGAAAGAUUCUUAGACAUUAGCCUUUACAAGGAUAACAACAUCACCACUGGAAAGAUCUACCAGCAUGUCAUCAAUAAAGAAAGGCAUGGAGAUUACUUGGGAAAAACUGUUCAAGUUGUACCUCAUAUUACUGAUGCAGUUCAAGAAUGGGUAAUGAAUCAGGCAAAAGUUCCUGUGGAUGGUGAUAAGAAAGAACCACAGAUAUGUGUAAUUGAAUUGGGUGGCACUAUUGGAGAUAUUGAAGGAAUGCCCUUUGUAGAAGCUUUCCGACAGUUUCAGUUUAAGGCCAAAAGAGAGAACUUUUGCAAUAUCCAUGUCAGCUUAGUACCACAGCCUAAUGCUACUGGUGAACAGAAAACAAAACCAACUCAAAACAGUGUUCGGGCUUUAAGGGGACUUGGUCUUUCUCCUGAUUUGAUAGUCUGUAGAAGUACUAAACCCAUAGAAAUGGCUGUGAAAGAAAAGAUUUCAAUGUUUUGUCAUGUGGAACCUGAACAGGUAAUAUUCAUCCAUGACGUUUCUUCCACUUACCGAGUGCCAAUCCUUUUGGAAGAACAAGGCAUAAUUAAAUACUUUAAAGAGAGGUUAAGCCUACCAAUUGAUGACCAACCAAGUCACCUUCUUUUCAAAUGGAAAAAAAUUGCAGAUAGGUAUGAGAGGAUGUUAAAGAGCUGUUCUGUUGCUCUAGUUGGGAAGUAUACAAAACUGAGUGAUUGCUACACCUCUGUUUUCAAGGCAUUAGAGCAUUCAGCUAUAGCAAUUAAUCACAAGCUUGAUCUAAUGUAUAUAGAUUCAACAGACCUUGAACCUGCUAUGGAGGCUGAGAAUCCAGUGAGGUUCCAUCAAGCCUGGCAGAAGCUAUGUAAAGCACAUUGCAUAUUAGUACCUGGAGGCUUCGGUCAUAGGGGAACUGAAGGAAAACUUCAAGCCAUUUCAUGGGCAAGAAAAAAGAAAAAACCUUUUCUUGGAGUUUGUUUGGGAAUGCAGUUGGCAGUAGUGGAAUUUGCAAGGAACUGUCUGAACUGGCAAGAUGCAAAUUCAACAGAAUUUGACCCCAAUACAAAGAAUCCUGUUGUCAUUGAUAUGCCUGAACAUAAUCCUGGUGAUAUGGGAGGAACAAUGAGACUAGGGAAAAGGAAAACUAUCUUUAAAACAGAAGACUCUAUCUUAAGGAAACUCUAUGGUAAUGAAGCUUUUGUGGAAGAACGACAUAGGCAUCGCUAUGAGGUAAAUCCUGAAUUGAUUCACUUCUUUGAAGAUAAAGGUUUGAAGUUCGUUGGUCAUGACACGGAAGGGAAGAGAAUGGAGAUAAUUGAACUGGAUGAUCACCCAUAUUUCAUCGGUGUUCAGUUCCAUCCAGAGUUCUCCUCCAGACCUAUGAAGCCUUCACCUGUGUACCUUGGCCUUUUACUUGCUGCCACAGGAUCGCUCAGUGCAUAUUUGCAAUAUGGAUGUAAAUUGUCUCCUAGUGACAGCUACAAUGACCUGAGUAAUGAGAGUUUUCCAGAAAAAGAACUUCCUGAAGCAGAAACAAGAUUAACAUGUUCAGGAGUGCAAGAAAAACAUAGAGAAGACAGAUAAAAAACCAGCAAAAGGAAAUGCACAAUUGAAACGGCCAUUCCAAAGAAGAAAAACUGAUUAAACUGCAAAGCUGCUGGAGAAGAUACUGUCUGUGCAGCUGCGUCCUACUGAAGAUCCCCCUGUGUUCUUGACAAUGCUUCUGCUACCCAGAGAAAAAUCAGUUCCAUUUCAACAUUAUCACUCUGUCUAAAUUGCAUAAAGGCCACCUCAUCCUGCCUCAUGAUUUCAAGUGAAUUUGUUAGCUUUGUGCUAGCUUUUGGUGGCAAGGAGGUAUCAGAAUACUAUGAAUUUACUUCUGGAUCAUUUUAAAUACGUGCUGUAUACGAAAUGUACACAUGUAACUAAAAUAUACAGAGUCAGGACAGAUUUGCUUUACUUAGGCCUGUUUCUUCAUGCUGCAGUUAGAAGGACAUUUGUUGCACAAUAACUUAUUUUCAUAAGUAAUGCUCAUUAUAUAUCCUUUGUCAUUAUAUACAUAUUCCUGUAGAUAUUUCUUCCUGGAGUUAAUGUUGAUUGGAUUACUCUACUGGGGUAAUGAUACAGGGAUGCAAGAUUUUGAGAUGACAAAUAGCAGCCGGGCUUACAAGCCAAGUUUCAGUCUUCACUACAAAUUCAGCCCCAGUCCUCUGACAUGUGCUGGACCUAAUGAGAAAUAAGAAUACAUAUAAAUCUCUCUCGUGUCCCUAUUUUGCUCUUGUUUGUCACUCCCCCCAGAAGUGUAGGAUUGGAAAGAAGUCUGUUUUUCCUAUGGACCAGGUAUAGCAAACCUACAAAACCACCUGGUAUUUCAUUUCUUAGGCUUUGCCGUUUCCCUUUUUCAGUGGAAGAAAAGCCUUCCUUUCUUUUGAAGAAUCUAAAUGGCUGGAAGGAAAAGUAAAGACUUUUUUUGAAGGGUAUGAAGGAUAUGUAGGAAAUUUUGGAUAAAGAUAAAAAGCAUGGGAAAUGUAUGCUGUUUCUAUCCAUCUGAGUUUCCUAAAAGCCUGAAGUCUUUUUCUCCAAACCUUUAGGAAGCAUUAAGACAGGCUUUUGCGGAACUCUCUGGAGGUAGGCAGAAACCCCAGGCAUUCCUGUGUUUUUCCAAAGGUUCAAAAAACUCGCUUUCCCAUCCAGCCCUCUGGGCUAGAAGGAGAGCGAGGUUCCCACUUCUAUUCCUCACAGGCUUGGAAAAGUCAGGUAAGAUGCCUUCCUUUCUGUUCUAAUGGGUGUUUGUCAUAAGUGGCCAUGGGCUGCUCUCACGAAUGAUAAAGCCAGUGGCAUUGCAGGAGCCUCUUUAUCGUAAAUUUCAAAUAAAAAGUUUGCGUGGAAUAAUUAGAGGGAUAACCUAUUCCCUAGUUGCCCAUAAAAAUUAGAGAGAUGUUGUGGAACAUAGAAGUAAAACCUCAGUUCCUUGCUUUCAUCUCCCAAUGAGACUUUUUUUUAAAAAAAACAAUUGCUUCAUAUCAGCUCAUCUGUACCAGUUUAGGACAAUUUGGGGGGAAGAUAGAAACAAUUGCUAAAAAAAAAUUAUUUGUUUGGGCACAUUCCUGUAGCCAUUUCCAUAUAUAUUUAGUGUAGAAAAAAUCAGUGCGUAUAUUAGCUGUAUGCAGUACUAUAUUUUUUUGUCAGUAUAUCAGCAGCAGAACCAUUGCCUCAUUAGUAAUUUUCACUGCUUCUUUAGAGACUUUGAGUACUAGCCUGACAACUGGCAAUAUGCUUUUAUUGCAUUUUCUUCCAAAGGAAAAAAAUUACUUCCCAGACUAAGAACCAGUAUGUUUUAUUUUUUCAUGUUAAAAGAGAGUUCUCCAUAAGAUACAUUUGACAGGAAUAUCCUCUAAUUUGGAGUUUGUAAGUGAUUUUCCAUUCUCUUAAGUAAUAUGUUUGUUAAUAUAUAUUUUAAGAUCUACGGAUUUUAGUAUACCUGGCCCUGCCAGCAAAGAUUACGGGUUAAAAAUAUAUACUCUGUAUAUUUAUUUACAUGAUGCUAGUAUAAUGUGCCUUGAAAGUAAAUUGAUAUUUUUAGAGGAUUGCAUUUCAUUGAAACAUGACUCUUGUCAGCUAAAGUAUACCAGAUUUUUCUUAAAUACUUUUUGUUAAGUUCAAACUGGAUUUGAAAAUACAUUAAAAGGUGA